GGGUAUAAUAUUAAUAUUUUACAUUGGCAACACUGGUGCACAUAACCUAAAAAUUUGACAGCUGACCGUAAACAAAGAUGGUCGAUUCGAAAAACACUUUCAACUUAAAAGUUGAUGACAGCAAUUUCAGGGAACGCCAGAAAAACGUUUUCGAUCAAUUGAACGCCUUGGAGAGUAUUAGAAACAAAAAUGCGGCUCCACAGCCAAUGGAAACCGACGAAAAACCUAUCGACAAAAAGUCGUAUCGCUCUGCAACCAGGCAGUUCCGGGGUAAGGAGAGUAUAUUCAAGAAGCCGCAGAACCCCGUGCCGAAGGGUUACAACAACAGGAUGCCGGAUUUUAAGAAGAACCCCCAUAAGUGGACCAGGUAUUCCUUGGAGGAUGUUCGGGAGGAAGACUGUUCAGAAAGAAGCAAUACUAAGGCUGCUUUAUCGUUUUUGGACGACUUGAAGAAGAGGAGGAGCGCUGCUGAACAAUCCGACGAAUCGGAGAAAGACUCACCAAACAAAAUUGUGUUUAAAAGGCACCAUAAAAUUAAUAAAAAACCUGUGCAAGUAGAAGAGGAAGAAAAACCCACUUUUAGAAGUUCUAAAGUCGUAAUGCCUGAGUAUGUAGUGGGGCAGAAAGUGAAGAAAGAAAAGAAGAAUAGGGCUAUUAAAAAAGGUAGCGUAAAAGAGUUGAAAUUGGAUCAUUUAAUUGAUGAAGAAGAAGACACUACUUAAGUAGUUGUAAAUAACAAAAUAUGUAGGUUUAAAAUUAAUUAAUUGAUUAAGGUAUAUAUUA